UCCUUUCCUUCCCUCUCCCUCCUUUGAAUUUGAAUUGGCAAACCACGGCCCACGCCCCGCGCCCACGUCGUCUAAUCUUCUCUUCCUUUUCUCCUCUCCCUCUCUGAAUCUCUCUCUCUCUGUCACUCGCUCUGUCUUCCUCUGCAGCUACAACCGGCUAAUCUAUCUCUGCUUCCUUCUUUUGUCUCUCUGGAAACUCUGGGAGUUAAACAACAUCUCUCGUGAAUUCCUUUCUCCUUCGGGAACAGGAUUAAUUCUAGAGAGAUGGGUGGUUCAGGGAAUUGGAUCAAGUCCUUCGUCGUAUCCCUCAAGAAGCAAGAACAAGAUAAUACUAUGAAGGGAAAGAGUGGUGAUGGUGGUGGCAACGGAAGUAGCAGGAAGUGGAAGAAGCUAUGGAGGAGCGCCUCCUGGGAUCACCUCUCCUUGCGUCGGGGUUCUAGGGGGAGCAGCCACCGCUCGGCCGCCUCAGAGGCGUCUGACACAUCGUCACUCAACGCCGACGCCUUCACCGCCGCUGUCGCCACGGUCGUCCGUGCUCCGCCCAAGGACUUCAGGGCGGUCCGCCAGGAGUGGGCUGCCAUCCGCAUCCAGACCGCCUUCCGCGCCUUCUUGGCUCGGCGAGCGCUGCGGGCUCUUCGGGGGAUCGUCCGGCUGCAGGCCAUAGUUCGGGGGCGGCAGGUGCGGAAACAGGCCGCUGUGACACUGAGGUGCAUGCAGGCCCUCGUCCGCGUUCAGGCUCGCGUCCGAGCUAACCGUGUGCGCAUGUCCACCGACGGUCAGGCCGUACAGAAGAUGCUCGAAGCCCGUCGUCUAAAUCUUGAUCCUCUAAAGGAAGCAGAGGGAGGAUGGUGCGACAGUCCAGGAACAGUAGAGGAAGUCAGAGCAAAGCUACACAUGAGGCGACGAGGAGCUUUCAGGAGGGAAAGAGCCAUUGCUUAUGCUCUUUCUCAACAGCAGCCAAGGUCAAAGCAAUCUCCAGCCUCGCUGAAGCAUCAUGGUUUAGAUCAUAAGAGUGCAGGCAAUUGGAGUUGGUUGGAGAGGUGGAUGGCUGCAAAACCAUGGGAGAACAGGUUGAUGGAUCGUAAAAUCCCGAACGAUGUUUCUGAAAUCCUAUCCAAAGAGGAAGGCUGCGGCGUCUGUUCGACGUGCUCAGAGCCCAAUUCAGUGAAAAUAAGCAAGAACUACAUCUCCACAAGGAUUUCUGCAAGACCUCCGAACAUGCCCAACAGUCACUGCUGUAGAACACGCUAUGUUUCCUCCCCGAGCACUGAGUUUUAUUACAAUGAGAGUUCUGCGUCGUCGUCUUCCUUUUGCAUGUCUACACCAAUCUCAAACACCACUCUUUUAGCUUCGGAGAGGAAUGAGGACAACUGCCGAACUCGUCCCAACUACAUGAACUUGACUGAAUCAAUCAAAGCAAAGCGGAAAGUGCUGAAUGCUAUAAGAUCAUCAGUGCAAGGCCCUUCAUUUGCGGAUGUUGGCGAUGGCCGUUCUCAUCGGAAAACUUUAUCGAGUACCGACGUGAAGAUAGCGGACCGUUCUGAUCUGAGAAGCAUGGACAAGGAAAACAAUUACAAUGCGCGACAUGCAUUUGCAUCUUAGAGCUGUUGUAGAGCUUCAUUUGCAUGACUAUUUUGGGCCUCUUUUGCUUCUUUAACUUCAUGUGUGAUUAUGAUGUUUGAGCGAAAUGUUUUUAUUACCAAGGGAGUCAGCUUCAUUUUUGUCUAAAAUGUGAAAUCGUAAAAUGUUCUUGUCGAGUUUUCUGUUCUUGUGCAACGAUAAAAACAUAUGGGAGUACUAGUGAUUAA